AUGGUGAAACUCGGCAUUAGCGACAAGAUCAAGCUGAAUAGCGGAUAUGAAAUCCCGCAAUUGGGGUUUGGUGUUUACCAAACUCCCGCCGAUGAAGUAGACAAGAUCGUCGAAGAAGCCUUCAAUGUCGGAUAUCGUCAUGUCGACUCCGCCUCCGCCUACCGCAACGAAGCCGGCUGCGGCGCCGCCAUCCUCCGCUCCUCCAUCCCUCGCUCCGAAAUCUUCUUCACCUCCAAGAUCGGCCCCAAGCACAUCUCCUACAACGCUGCAAAGCGCAUCAUCUCCGAAUCCCUUCAAAAGACAGGGUUAGAGUACAUCGACCUCAUGCUCCUGCACGCUCCCUACGGCGGGUCCGCAAACCGGAAGGGCGCCUGGCUUGCGCUUGUCGAAGCCGUCGAGGAAGGAAAGAUCCGGUCUAUUGGUGUUUCAAACUAUGGCGUCCAUCACCUCGACGAACUGGAGCAGCAUAUCAAGCAACUGGAAGCUGAACGGAGCGGGCCGGGCAAGGGAGGUGUGAUCAGUGUCGGGCAGUGGGAGGUUCAUCCUUGGUGUGCCCGUAGUGAUAUCGUCGAGUGGUGUCGCAAACGCAACGUUGUCGUGGAAGCGUACGCGCCCAUUGUUAGAGGAGAGAGGUUUGGCGAGCCGGAUUUGAAGAAGCUGGCGGAGAAGUAUGGAAAGACGGAGGCACAGGUGCUGGUGAGGUGGAGUUUGCAGAAGGGAUAUGUGCCGCUGCCGAAGAGUGUUAGGGCGGAGAGGAUCGAGGAGAAUGCGGAUGUUUAUGACUUUGAGUUGAACGAGGAGGAGGUGAAGGGGCUGGAGACGAAGGAGUAUAGCCCCGUGUGUUGGGAUCCGACGACGAGUGAGUUGGAUAAUUACAGUGGGCAGGAGGUCUAG